CGGUUGGACUGGUAGCCGACCCCAACAUAGUUGGGAAAAGGCUAGGCCAAUGAUGAUGUAAGAUAUUGUAUCAAAAAGGAGAAUAUUGUCAACUAUCAAAACAUUUAUUUCGUACAAAGCUUUAUAGGUAAAAAUUCAAAGCCCGUGUAAUCAAAUUCACUCACGAACAUGUUAAAAUCACAUCGAUAAAAGCAACAACACUACAACAAAACCUAUCUCCCAUCAAACGUAGAAAUGGCGUGAACGCGAUGAAAACAGAUGAAAUAUCUAGGUAUUUAAAUAAUGUGACAAAUGCUAUAAUUACCCCUACAUUAAACAGAUACUAUCGUAAUUGUUUAAACUUACACCAACAUUACGGAGAUUUAAUCGUGAUAUAAACUUGUCUAUAUUUACAAGUUGAGGUGGGCUCAUCGGGUAGUGUCGGGUGGACCACAAAUGUAAAAUGAAACUUUUUAUACUAUGUGCGUUAAGCUGUUGUGUUGUAUCGGUUCGCGCGUUGGGAUUGCUAGGUCCAGGUCAAUGGCUAGUGCUGAACAUCUUGGAGUGCGAGGACCCUGAGCAGUACCCGAUGGUCUUCGACGCGUAUAGGAGGAAGCUGAACCGGACUCACGAUUGCUUCACCGGCACAUUCGAUUCGCCUUAUGAGGUCAACUCUAGUUACGCAAUUGCAGUAGACGUAUACAAGAAAAUGGACGGCGGCUUUAAGUUUUACCAGACGAUAAUGGACGAUUGUGUGUGUACGUUCUUAAUGCAACAUGCCAAGGAAAAUAUACAGCGCAUACUGUCUAUGUCGGGAGUUGACCCGCCCGACUGUCCCGUAAAACCAGGUUUCUACUCAGUUGAGAACUUCGUCAUGGACUACACAGAGUUACCAUUGAACGGCGUGUACGGAACUUAUGAAGUAGUCGUGUUCUUAACGCUUGACGGAAGGAAGAUGAGCUGUAUUAAGGGUCACCUGCUUUUCGAGAACUCCGAUGAUGAUGAUGAAGACGAUGAUUAACUGGAAUGAACUGUUAAGCUUCGACGUAUUGAUAUAAAUAUAUGACUUAUGUGAAUAAUGCCUUAAAUAAAUGUGAUUGAAUUUCAUGAGUUUGCUUUGAGUAUACUUCAAAUGUUAAUAACAAUUGUUUAAAGAAUUUACUAUUGAUAUAUGUAGGUAUUGUCCUCAGAAUUCGCUCCCCCUCCCGAGAAUUCCGGGGAAGGACUGGUUACUGUCAAACUCUUACUGAAUAAAUCUCCGUGCAACGAUUUGUGGUUGGUCGAUGCGUGGCAAUACAUA